GCGGUCUCGAAUCCAACGUUCCGGCGCCAACUUUCCCAUCGCGUGACCGCUGCGCGUUCAUCAAAAUGAAAGACGAGAACGGGAAGCGCAAGGCAUCAGACGAGCCGUCGUCGCCUGUCGCAUCUAAGCGCGUCAAACACGACAACUCGGCCGAACCAGAGCAGAAACCCGCCAACAUCCCGCCAAUUCCGUACCCUGAAAAGCCCGCGGUUAUCGAAGAGCGCAAUGGAGAGAUCGAGUUCCGAGUGGUCAACAAUGACAACCAGCGCGAGAGUCUCAUCAUCCUCACUGGCCUCAAAUGCAUCUUUCAAAAGCAGCUACCGAAAAUGCCUAAGGAUUACAUUGCGCGCUUGGUCUACGACCGCACACAUUUGUCCAUCGCCAUCGUGAAGAAGCCGCUUGAGGUGGUCGGCGGCAUCACGUACCGGCCGUUCAAAGGGCGCAAAUUUGCCGAGAUUGUGUUCUGCGCCAUCUCGUCGGACCAGCAGGUCAAGGGUUACGGCGCCCACCUCAUGUCGCACCUAAAAGACUACGUUAAGGCGACGUCGGACGUGAUGCACUUCUUGACGUAUGCCGACAACUACGCGAUCGGCUACUUCAAGAAGCAGGGCUUCACCAAGGAGAUCACGCUCGACAAGUCCGUCUGGAUGGGCUAUAUCAAAGAUUACGAAGGCGGCACCAUCAUGCAGUGCACCAUGCUCCCGCGGAUCCGCUACCUCGAGAUGGGCCGCAUGCUGCUCAAGCAGAAGGAGUGCGUUCAGGCCAAGAUCCGGGCCUAUUCCAAAUCCCACAUCGUCCACCAGCCGCCCAAGCAGUGGCAGAAGCACGGCGUCUCCCCGAUCGACCCGCUCUCGAUCGAGGCGAUCCGCGCCUCGGGCUGGUCCCCCGACAUGGACGAGCUGGCGCGCCAGCCGCGCCACGGGCCCAACUACAACCAGCUGCUCCACCUCCUCAACGACCUGCAGAACCACCCGUCGAGCUGGCCCUUCCUGGUCCCCGUCAACAAGGACGAGGUGCUCGACUACUACGACGUCAUCAAGGAGCCCAUGGACCUGUCCACCAUGGAGUCCAAGCUCGAGGCGGACCAGUACAACACGCCCGAGGACUUCAUCCGCGACGCCAAGCUCAUCUUUGACAACUGCCGCAAGUACAACAACGAGUCGACGCCCUACGCCAAGUCGGCCAACAAGCUCGAGAAGUUCAUGUGGCAGCAGAUCAGGGCCAUCCCGGAAUGGUCGCACCUCGGGGACUCUUAGGCAGGGUUCUCCCCUUCCACCUCCCCCCCUUUCUCCUCCUCCUCCUACACCACCGUCGCCUCCUCCUCCUCUUCCUUCGAUCCUGGCCCCCUCAAGAAACGGUCGGCCGAGCGCCUCUCCACCGUCCGUGCUACUAGAGGCGGUAGUGGUGCCAUGAACGAGGUAGGCGAGACAUCCAGCGCAAGGCAGCGCCGCGGUCGACCUUCUGGUCGGGGUGGGAGGCGUGUCGGGACGCGGCGUUGACGGCGUCUGGGGCCAAGUUGUGGUGAUUGAAGGGGAGGGGUUGGGAUUGGGAGCCACGAUGGAAUGAUGGAGCGGGUAUAUGUACAUCCAUGGUUACAUUUGAUUUUAUACCGGCGUUGAGACGGCAGAGUUGGGUGGGUGGGUGUUUUUUUUGGCGUUGUUGGAGGAACCAUAAGGAAAUCCGGUGGCCCAAG